AUGUUCCCUUGGGAGAGCUAUCACGACGGGCCGAAUGCUCUACCAUUCACUGUCGAUAUCACACACCCGUCUGAACCUCGUGCUCGAUCCAAGCAUUGCGACCCGAACAUGUUUGAUGGAUCCCCCUGCAGUGAGUGUGCAAUUGUACAUAAGCAUAUCUCUUGGCUGGUCGAAAUUGCCCGGGACCCGAAGGCACACACAAACUACAAGUACCUAGGCCUCGCGCACAUGCAGGACAUCGCCAAGAUGUAUGCUGCGCAGGUUAAGGAAUUAAAACUGCAGGCCUGCAAUGAUUCUCGCAAAUACAUGACAUCCCUCACACAGCUCAACGACUACAGCCGCCUCUUGAUGGCGAUAUCUGAAAACGAUGUCCCCCGCCUCCAGCAAAUUAUCAAGAUCGCAUUGGACAAUGGCACCAGUGUCCGCGAGGUCGUCAACAGGCUAGAAGACGCCAUUGAGGGCGUAUAUCACCCUCGAGGAUAUGGUUCUAGUGAUAUCGACAUCGCUACUCUAGUAUAUCAUCGGGUGCCCUCCAUUCGCACUCUUCGAGCUCGGUCCACGUUCACUACCAUAACGCCCACCAUCGGACCCAUUUGGCCUGAGCAAUUUGACGAAAACAUACACAAUAUUAUUCUCAAUACUCGGGACAGUACAACAUCUCUACGCGGAGUCAGCUUUAUGAUUGACGAGAUGGCCCUUGAAGAAAUGGUGAUCCAUUUCGGAAAGUACAAUAUGAUCGGUGGUCUUUGUUGGAAACACUCCAACCUCGUUGAUCCAGUCUUGCGCACAUACGACUCCGCUGUUCGCAUCGCUCAGAAGAUUCACAACCAGGAAGUACACCUCGGUAAGGAGGUCACAGUAAUUGGUGUUGCGUGUUUUGGGGAAGAUGAACUGUACCCUGUGUUAGCAGCUCCAACCUGCAAGACUGAAAACGCUGCUGACAUGGAGGGAAUUCUCACUCGCGCUAUCGAGCACUGGAGUGCAACAGGCGCUGAUACACUUGUCGGACCAGUGUGGUCAUUUGCUAUGGAUGGUGAUGCAACACGCCGUGCCGCAGGACACAGGCUCUUCGUCAAAAAACCCCUCUCCUCAAAUUCUCCGCUAUAUGCUACAUUGUCAGAUAUGCCUGGGCUGAACACUGUUACGACUGGGAUGAGUCGAGCUAUCUGUGUCUGA